UGCUCUUCCCCGCCUGCCUCUGGCCUUCAACUUGCAGCUGCCACACCUACUCGGUGCUGAGCGCGCACGGAAGAGGAACCUGGUCCCGGGUGGAUUUCCACCAGGCACAGCCGAGAAGUGCGCGUCCGGUCGGCGGGCUAGCCUGCGGUUCCUGUCCUGCAGGCGUUCAGAUAGACUCUAACCAAGGACGCCAACUCUGAACUACCAACAAGGAUUUUCUGGAGGAGAAGUCUGGAGGCAUAUUUUAAGUGCAGAGGUCAUCUGUGAGGUCACCUGUGCUCAAGGUCUUCAUGAAGUGCUUUUUCAGAUGGACCAAGCCCUUGGUUACAGACUCCUGGCCGCUUAUACUUAUUCUCUUUUCUGUGCAGUAUGUAUCUGGGAGUGGCAAGAAAUAUAUCAGCCCUUGUGGAGGAAGAAAUUGCUCUGUUUGCCAUUGCUUUCCUGAAAAGGGAUCUCGGGGGCAGCCAGGACCACUGGGGCCACAGGGACCGAUAGGACCCUUGGGACCCCCAGGACCCACUGGGAUUCCAGGAGAGAAAGGGAUGAGAGGUGACAGUGGCCCUCCUGGAGCAGCAGGAGAGGAAGGGGACAAGGGUCCAACUGGUGUCCCUGGAUUUCCAGGUUUGGAUGGUAUUCCUGGUCACCCAGGGCCUCCUGGGCCCAGAGGCAAACCUGGUGCGGAUGGCUACAACGGUUCAAGGGGUGAUCCAGGAUAUCCAGGGGAACCAGGAGCUCCUGGCCCAGGAGGUCCCCCAGGUCUUCCUGGGGAACAUGGAGAAAAGGGAGAGUCGACGUUCAUUUUAGGUGGUGUUAAAGGUAUUCAGGGAGACCCAGGGAACCCAGGACCACCCGGCUUACCAGGAUCUAGGGGUGAACGAGGAUCAGCAGGCCCCAUGGGACAUGCCGGGGUGCCAGGGUUAACAGGUCCUACAGGCCAUCCUGGGAGCCCUGGUUUGAAGGGCAAUCCUGGCUUGGGGGUGAAAGGGCAAAGGGGAGACCCGGGCGAGGUUGGCCAGCAAGGUCCCCCUGGACCCACCCUCUUGGUGCAGCCACCUGAUUCUUCUCUCUAUAAAGGACAAAAGGGUGAGCCUGGUUCCCAUGGGUCUCCGGGUUUUCCAGGAUUCAAGGGAGAACAAGGGCUGGUUGGAGAUCCUGGACUGACUGGUUUUCUUGGCCCAAAGGGAGAUCCUGGAGACCGCGGGCACCCAGGACCACCAGGUGUUUUGGUAACUCCAUUUCCUCUGCUCAAAGGUCCUCCAGGGGACCCAGGGCCCCCUGGCCACUAUGGAGAACUUGGGGAUAUUGGACCACCAGGAGCUCCUGGGCCCUCAGGCAGACCAGGGGAAGCUUGUCCAGGCAUGGUGGGACUCACUGGGUCACCGGGGUUUCCUGGUCCUCCAGGGUUUCCAGGGGAAGCUGGGAGGACUGACUGUGUUCCAGGAAAACCAGGGAAACCAGGACCACCUGGCCUGCCUGGAGCCCCAGGACGGCAGGGGCCCCCUGGAUCACACGUGAUAUAUUGUAGUCCUGGAUGCCCUGGACCACAGGGAGAAAAGGGCAAAAUGGGUCCCCCAGGAAGAAGAGGCUCAAAAGGAGAAAAAGGAAAUGAAGGGCUCUGUGCCUGUCCACCUGGUCCCAUGGGACGUCCUGGCCCCCCAGGACUCCCUGGAAGACAAGGAAGUAAAGGAGACUUAGGGCUUCCUGGCUGGCGUGGAGAAAAAGGUGACUCAGGCCCACCUGGUGCAGAAGGACCUCCAGGACCACCUGGAAAACCUGGUGCCUUGGGAAGCCCUGGGCACAAAGGAGCAAAGGGUAACAUGGUCGUAUCAAGAGUGAAAGGACACAAAGGAAAAAGAGGACCUGAUGGGCCUCCAGGAUUUCCAGGACAGCAUGGACAAGACGGUCAGGAUGGACGUGCUGGAGAAAAGGGGGAUCCUGGACCCUCAGGAGGUCACGGAGAUGCAACCCCCGGUGAAGGAGGGUCUCCUGGGCCACCUGGCCCUCCCGGGCAAGCAGGACCUGCAGGGCCUCCAGGCCUGGGAUUGCCAGGUCCACCAGGAGAAAGAGGUCCACCAGGAGAUCCAGGACGCCCGGGGAUGAGGGGCUUUGAUGGUGCGAAGGGGCAGAAAGGUGACACCAUUCCUUGCGAUGUGACCCACUCCGGGAGGCCAGGUCCUCCAGGUUUUGAUGGACCUCCAGGUCUAAAAGGGUUUCCAGGUCCUCCAGGUGACCCCGGGCUGAGAUGUUCAGAUGGGCAGAAAGGCCAACGUGGCAAACCAGGACCUGGAAUCCCAGGUCCACCUGGCUUUCGUGGUGACAUGGGGGAUCCAGGCAUUGAAGGUGAAAAGGGGUCCUCCCCUCCUGGACCCCCAGGCCUACCUGGAUCACCUGGAAUGGAUGGUCAGAAAGGAAUCCCAGGAGAUGCUGCAUUUGGUGAUCCAGGGCCCCCUGGAGAUAGAGGUCUUCCAGGAGUGCCAGGGAUGAAAGGACGGAGAGGGGAGCCAGGAUGCCCAGGGGCCGAAGGAUUUGCUGGCCUUCCUGGAUUCCCAGGACUCAAAGGUCCCAAAGGCAGAGAGGGAAGUCCUGGAUUUCCAGGGAUCCCAGGUCCCCCUGGCCAUUCCUGUGAAAGAGGUGAUGCAGGGCCCCCAGGCCAACCAGGACUUUCCGGACCACCUGGUAGUCCAGGAGCCCCAGGCUGGAAAGGACAACCAGGGGAUAUGGGGCCUUCUGGACCAGCUGGAAUGAAGGGCCUUCCUGGCCUCCUUGGCCUGCCAGGGGCAGAUGGACUCCCAGGAUCUCCUGGGAUUCCAGGCCCCACUGGGGAAGAUGGGCUACCUGGUCUUCCAGGCCCAAAAGGAACCCCUGGGCUGCCUGGCUUCCCUGGUUUUCCAGGACAGAGAGGAAGGUUGGGACCAGAUGGGCAACCUGGAAGAAAGGGAGAAACUGGAGAGAAAGGCUGGCCUGGCUUUCAGGGAGACCCGGGAGAGAGAGGCACGAAAGGAGCCAGGGGACCUCCCGGAGAUAUGGGAGAUACGGCCAUCAUUUCCAACAAGGGGAAACCUGGCAAUCCCGGGCCUCCUGGAGAUGAUGGGUUCCCAGGAGAGAGAGGUGAUAAAGGAAGUCCAGGAAUGCAGGGGGGAAGAGGAGAUCCAGGAAGAGAUGGACCUCCUGGCCUCCAUAGAGGGCAGCCUGGGGGAAAUGGUCAGCCUGGACAUCCUGGCCCCCCUGGCCCGCCAGGCCCACCUGGACUAAGAGGAAUCAUUGGUUUUCCGGGGUUUCCAGGUGACCAGGGUGAGCCGGGUUUGCCAGGCCCUCCUGGAUUCUCAGGUGAUGAUGGAGCAAGAGGACCUCAAGGAAACAAAGGUGACCCUGCCAGUCAGUGUGGUCCACCUGGUCCAAAGGGUGAGCCAGGUAGCCCUGGAUGUCAAGGUGACUUUGGAGACCCUGGAGAUAAAGGCUUGCCUGGAGUUGAAGGGCGGAGAGGACCACCCGGAAGACCAGGGCUGCCUGGCUCUUCUGGACCACCAGGGUGUCCAGGUGAUCCAGGGAUGCCUGGGCUAAAGGGCCAUCCAGGAGAAAUGGGAGAUCCUGGACCAAGAGGCUACCCAGGAGAUUCAGGGAGACCAGGUCCUCCUGGAGUAAAAGGUCCCUCCGGGUUUCCUGGUCUGAAUGGUUUGCAUGGUUUGAAGGGUGAGAAAGGAACAAAAGGUGCCUCAGGUAUGCAUGAAAUGGGCCCACCAGGGCCAGUGGGAAUGCCUGGGCUAAAGGGUGAGACAGGUGACCCUGGGAGCCCAGGAAUUUCUCCUCCAGGCCUUUCUGGAGAAAAAGGCCUCCCAGGACCCCCAGGGAGACCAGGACUACCUGGUCCUGUGGGUGCUCCAGGAAGGCCUGCCAAGGGUGACAUUCCUGAUUCAGGUCCACCUGGAGACUUGGGACUUCCUGGCCCUGAUGGCCCAAGAGGAGCACCUGGGCCUCCAGGCCCUGCUGGGAGUAUCGACCUUCUGAAAGGGGAUCCAGGUGACUAUGGUCUGCCAGGGCCACCAGGCACCCGAGGCCCACCAGGCCCUCCAGGGUGUCAGGGUGUUCCAGGAUGUGAUGGAAAAGAUGGCCAGAAAGGACCAAUGGGAUUUCCUGGGCCCCCAGGGCCACCUGGUCUUCCUGGGGUAUCUGGAGAGAAGGGACUAGCUGGCCCUCCAGGCAGAAAAGGGCCCAUAGGUCCCCCAGGUGAUCCUGGGCUACCUGCAGAUGUGGAUGCCUGUCCUCGAAUCCCAGGACUUCCUGGAGUGCCAGGCCCAAGAGGACCAGAAGGUGCUGUGGGGCUCCCUGGACAGAGAGGUCCCCCGGGUCCAGGGUGCAAAGGAGAGCCUGGGCUGGAUGGCAGGAGGGGCCAGGAUGGUGUCCCUGGAUCUCCUGGGUCUCCUGGACCCAAAGGAGAUACUGGAGAGUCUGGCCGCCCAGGAGCACCAGACCUGAGAACUGCUCUAAGUCUUCACCCACAAGGACUUCUGUUUGCCUUACAAACAGCCCAGCAGAGGAAGUUUGCAGUCAUCUUUUCAGGAGUUCUGGGGACCCCACACUUCUCAUUCAUGGGGCUUCUCAGGUUCUCUGCUAUCACAUGUCUGUUCGGAGUCUCCCUGCUACUGAUGAACUUCAAGAAGACAGAUAUAUCUGUGCUCACAUCCAGCCCUUGGUGGUGGUUGGUCUCUAGAGGGAGGGAUGAGUCAACACAGGCUGGUCUACAAACCAGGGAGGUGGGCAUAGUGGAAGUGGGCUCUGGUAUGGGUCUCCAUAAGCGAGAGCAGGUGUCUGUGAAUGCCACAGGUGGGAGUCACAGCUGCACACACAGCACCAGCUGCUCAUACGCCAACCACGACUCUUCUUUCCAAGGUCUGGCAGGGUCAUGUCUUCCUGUGUUUAGUACACUGCCCUUCGCCUACUGCAACAUUCAUCAAGUGUGCCAUUAUGCCCGGAGAAACGACAGGUCCUAUUGGCUGGCCAGUGCCGCUCCCCUUCCCAUGAUGCCACUCUCAGAGGAGGAGAUCCGCCCUUACAUCAGCCGCUGUGCAGUGUGUGAGGCUCCGGCACAGGCAGUGGCUGUCCACAGCCAGGAUCAGUCCGUCCCUCCGUGUCCGCGGACCUGGCAGAGCCUCUGGAUUGGGUACUCAUUCCUGAUGCACACAGGAGCUGGGGACCAAGGAGGAGGGCAGGCUCUCACAUCACCUGGCAGCUGCCUGGAGGAUUUCCGAGCGGCCCCUUUCCUCGAAUGCCAAGGCCGGCAGGGAACUUGCCACUUUUUCGCGAACAAGUAUAGCUUCUGGUUGACCACCGUGAACCCAGACUUGCAGUUUUCUGCUGCCCCAGCACCGGACACCCUGAAAGAAGGCCAGGCCCAACGCCAGAGAAUUAGUAGGUGCCAGGUGUGCAUGAAGCACAACUAGGGAGUACAAAAUGCACCAAAUGUGUCAAGAAAAGUUCUGAAGGAAAGGUACCUGCCUCUGCCAGCAGAUUGAAAGGUGCUCACUCCAAACCCUAACCCUUCAGCUGUUCUCGACUCAGCAUGGGUAUUCCCAGGAUCCUAACCACCCUCUCACUCUCUCUGCAGAUUUGUGUGCCCCCCCACCAAUCUAAAAGAAACCCACAUAUUCCCCUUUUACUGAGAUGCUGGAAGAACAGGCUCUAUUUGAACAUGUUGCCAGAAAGGCAACGGAAUGACAAAGACCAGAUUAUAAACUGAAAGCUUGAUUCAAUUGUUAAUAGCAUCACAAACAAUUGAAGUCAAUUACACUGUAGCACAGUGGGCUUCUGGUUAGAUUUUACAGAAAAAUACAGGCCAACCAAUGAAAUGACAGAGUAGAGAUUUCCAGUGUUUCAAAAUCAUUUCCUCUGCAAUCUUUUUUUUUUUUUCUAAAUCAUGCAUUUUAAAUAAUUGUGAGACCAUGACCCAAAGAGGUUUUUAAAAAGAAGGAAGAGGGAAAAGAAUGGAAAAUAAAAGCAGGCCCCCACACGGCCAGCGUUAGCGGUUCAUUUCAAAGCAGAAUGAAUGAGUCAUUAUGCCAGGAAGGCCCACUGUCCUUGUAUUCCAGAGCCAUGACAUUAGCAUAAACACUUCACAGAUGAAUAUAAAACAUGAUGUCCUCUUCUGCAUGUCUCAGAGAACAGAAAUGCCUACAUUGGCAACCGUUUGGAGAAGUAGCAAUUAUAGAAAAAAUAUAUUCAAUAAGGGAUUAGGAGCCUAAAAGCUAUUAAUGAAUACUAAGGUAGUGAUUCAUAAAAAUUGACUCCCCAUCCCAGGGAACUUGCAAACAGACUGCUUUUUCCCAGUCGGGGGCCAGCAUGAACUCGGUGCUAAUGGGACUGAAGCCACCACAUGGGGCUUUCUCAGGCGAGAAGGGGUUCAUACAAAGCCUCCUGUGCCCCUCCCAGGAGAGCCUGCAGAGCCUCCCAGCCACUCACAAUGGACACUUUUCCUCCUCAUGCAUAAUGGCAACUCACUGGGGAAGUGACAGGGCUAUCAUUAUGCACUUGGGAGGAAAUUAAAGGCUGACUUAAUUAACUAAGGUAUAAGGAGAUUCUUUAAUUCAGGGUCACCCCACAAGGAAAGCACAGGGACUAUCCAGAACAGAAACAAAGGCGUUACAUGGGCUGAAUUGUGUUCCUGUGAUUGCUUUUUAUGGGAGUGUCAGUCUUGCCAAUUUUCAAACAUUCUUAAACUUUGCAUUAGUAUCACAGCAAGGCAGCUGUUUGACAUGUGACAGCAGCAGCUCUCAGACAAGUGUAGAAGUCAAUUUACAAUGAGUAAGUUUUCUGAAUACUAAAAAGUCUGCAAGUUACUGGGCCGGGAAUCCCAGUGGUUUAAUUCUACAAAUCAAAAGGUUUGCUAGAAAAGAAUUUUUAGGAAACUCAACUUCCUCAGCUAAAGAAAAAUGGUCAUUCAAAUGGAAAGGAAAACAUCACCCCCUCAUGCCAAGAGUGACACUUGUUCUAGAGCUUACUUUCAGUGCACCUAAAAAUCACUGAAAGAAAGUUGCAAAGUUUUGUUUCUGGGACUGGAGAGACAGCUCAGUGGUUAAGAGCACUGGCUGCUCUUACAAAGGACCCAGCUAACAACCUUCAGUAACUCCAGUUCCAGGGGACUGAUACCAUCUUCUGACCUUUACAGGCACUGCAUAACAUGGGUACACUUACAUCUAGGCAAAAUACACACAGAAAUGAAAAUAAAAUGUUUCCAGGGCAUUCUCUUUUUGACCAGUGAGUGAUGGGCUCCCCUAUGCAGGAUACAUUUCAAGUGAGAUUUUGCUAUGGGCUGCUUGUGG